CAGAUGUUGCCGGCAUGCACCCCCUGAAUUGACCGGUGCGCCAGUUUGCUUACACGAACGUCGUGCAUCCGUCCAGCCACACAGAACAUCACAAUGACCUCGUGCGGCGUCGCUCCCUACAUCGACCACACAUACAUCCCCGUCCUGGCGGUGUUCCUGGCUCUCGCCGUCGCGGCCGUGUUCCUGCGCUUCUUCAACAAGUUCAAGACGACGGGGAAGUACGGCUGGGAUGAUUGGUUUCUGCUGCUGGCCCUGGCUGGGUGUGUUGCAUACAGCGCCAUCGCAUUCGAGGAGACCAAUCACGGGCUCGGCACCGACGUGUGGGCUGUUGAGCCCGACGACAUCACAUAUCUAUUCACCGGGUUCUACAUCAGCAUGCUGAUGUACGCCGCGUCUCGCUUGUUCAUCCGGCACUCCAUCAUCCUCUUCUACCUGCGUAUCUUCACCAUAGGCAACCCGCGCCCCAUCGUCAUCGGCACCAUGGUCGUCAACACGGCGCUCUCCGCCGGCGUCGUGCUCUCGGUGGCAUUCCAGUGCCAGCCCGUCAGCCUGUUCUGGACCCGCUGGGACCUGCAGCACGAGGGCCACUGCCUGCCGUCCAUGCUCGUGUUCUGGAGCGGCGCGAUCGCCACCAUGGUCAUGGACGUCUGGGUCAUCCUGCUGCCGCUUCCCUACGUCGCCCGACUGCAGCUCUCGCUGAAGAAGAGGCUGGGCGUCUCCUUCAUGCUAGCCAUCGGCGUCAGCGUCGUUGCGUUUAGCAUCUUGAAGUUCUUGGCUGUCAACAACAUUGACAAGGCGUCGAAUCCGACCGUAAGCUUCGCUCGCGUCGGGAUAUGGUCGGCGCUCGAGAUCGACCUCGGCGUUCUCUGCACCUGCUUGCCCUCGAUGCGCCUGCUGAUCGGCUCUUACUUGACCAAGUGGGGAUGGGUCGGGGAGGAGGAUUCCGUGCGCAAGGCGCCUCGCAUCUCGUUCAGAAACAACCACUCGAGCGGUCGAACGAGGGCUACCCCAGGAUCGACGUUCCAAGGGAGCUGCGACUCGCAGUCGAGGAUCCGAAUCACCACCACAAUACAGCAGAAUGCCUCGCCAUCUGAAUCCGAGACCUACCUUCCGCUACACUCGAUCGAGCUUGGGACCCACCAACAAGGCGUGGUGAAGGUGCAGGCAUGGUCGUGAACGGAGGAGGGUUUAAACAUCCAGAAUAUUUGAAUUGAUCCUCUACUGUACGAGGCUCCGCGCCGCGGAAGGUCCUGGGGCCCGCAUCUAGCGGUUCCCUAGGUGCAGCUUCUGCUACACCGUUGCUUUCUUGCAUAAAGAGCCCGAAGCAAACAGCCAGGUAUACCAGCCGGUAACCCUCAUUCCCAGGCCAAGGCCAGGUUCAGGUCACUGGUCCAAGGGGAGUCCGCUUGGGAAAGAUAUCAUCGUGAGAUAAGUUCUAGAGGAGAUACCCAUUUAGCAUAGCAUUGAUCUGCAGCAUUAGAGGCGGCAUCCUGGCUGGGGAGGAAAAUGAUCGGAGACCGAUCGACGGCCGUCCGGCCCGGCAUGACGCGCCUCAACCGGGAGCGUUGCUUUGAUUGCGCUUCACUGAGGAAAUGAUGCCACGUUGUGGGCUGUGUUAGGGCGACACGCCUCCCCUUCUCCGCCAUCGCCGCGCUUUUUC